AUGAAGGUAAAAACAACACGUGUACGAGGAAACCCUGGUGGAUCAUGGCAUCUGAAGCCGGAUAAUGCUCUGGCCGUAAUCAAUAACAACACAACAUCUGAGCGCGAUUCGAGCUUUGGGACAAGAUAUGAGACACCAAACCUCAACAACAGUAGGACUCUUUCGUCCAGACGACAGACCACCACUCCUGUAACUCCUGGAGUGUUUCGUCAGAAAACUCAACUCAACAGGCAUGAACAACUUGAUCACAUCAAGAAAUUCACCACUUACAAUGAAGGUAAAACAACACGUGUACGAGGAAACCUUGGUGGAUCAUGGCAUCUGAAGCCGGAUAAUGCUCUGGCCGUAAUCAAUAACAACACAACAUCUCAGCGCGAUUCGAGCUUUGGGACAAGAUAUGAGACACCAAACCUCAACAACAGUAGGACUCUUUCGUCCAGACGACAGACCACCACUCCUGUAACUCCUGGAGUGUUUCGUCAGAAAACUCAACUCAACAGGCAUGAACAACUUGAUCACAUCAAGAAAUUCACCACUUACAAUGAAGGUAAAACAACACGUGUACGAGGAAACACUGGUGGAUCAUGGCAUCUGAAGCGGGAUAAUGCUCUGGCCGUAAUCAAUAACAACACAACAUCUCAGCGCGAUUCGAGCUUUGGGACAAGAUAUGAGACACCAAACCUCAACAACAGUAGGACUCUUUCGUCCAGGCGACAGACCACCACUCCUGUAACUCCUGGAGUGUUUCGUCAGAAAACUCAACUCAACAGGCAUGAACAACUUGAUCACAUCAAGAAAUUCACCACUUACAAUGAAGGUAAACAACACGUGUACGAGGAAAACCUUGGUGGAUCAUGGCAUCUGAAGCGGGAUAAUGCUCUGGCCGUAAUCAAUAACAACACAACAUCUCAGCGCGAUUCGAGCUUUGGGACAAGAUAUGAGACACCAAACCUCAACAACAGUAGACUCUUUCGUCCAGACGACAAGACCACCACUCCUGUAACUCCUGGAGUGUUUCGUCAGAAAACUCAACUCAACAGGCAUGAACAACUUGAUCACAUCAAGAAAUUCACCACUUACAAUGAAGGUAAAACAACACGUGUACGAGGAAACCCUGGUGGAUCAUGGCAUCUGAAGCGGGAUAAUGCUCUGGCCGUAAUCAAUAACAACACAACAUCUCAGCGCGAUUCGAGCUUUGGGACAACAAACCUCAACAACAGCAGGACUCUUUCGUCCAGACGACAGACCACCACUCCUGUAACUCCUGGAGUGUUUCGUCAGAGGACUCAACUCAACAGGAAUGAAGAAUUUGGUGGCACUGAAGCAGGUGUUGGAAGCCUACAGAUACCACGGGCAGCUUCUCGCACAUACUUGGAUCCAAACAACGUGAAGUACACCAAGAAAUCCAUCCCUUCCACAUUUUCCGCGUCAACGCUGGCGUACGCUGACGAGUGUUGCUAG